GCCGCCCUGCUCCGCACAGUGGCUCAGGGCAGCUGGGCUUUAUUUUGCCUCAGACUGGAACCACUGUAGUGCAGUUGGACUUGACGUCUAGCAACAACAUCACAGACUUUACACAGGCAGACACGGCGACUUAGCGCGUUAGCGACCGCAUUCACAGAUAUGACGGCCUGUCGCUAGCCUAUCGGUGGCCUCCCUGCCGAUCAUGUGACCUUCGCCUUGCAUGUCUGUGUGCUUUGAAGACCGAGGAGAAGCUCAACCCUGCACAACAGAGAUACUUUACUGGCAUCACUGAAACAUGAUCCACUGUGAGCGCAUGGAAACAAAGGCGUGAAGAAAACAGGAGGGGACGACAGGGGUCAGCGCAAAGAUCUGGACCAAAGUGAAAGGCGGACUGCAGUGGAGCAGGUGUUGGCGUAGAAAGGUGUGAGAACGCAUCGGUACGUCGUGCUGAGCCGGGGCCGGCGGCGGCGGCGGUGGGACAAAAGACUGUAGAAAAAGACAUAAGAGGAGAAGAAGAAGAAGACGGGACAUAAAAAUAUAUGAGAACUUUGCCAGAAGCAUGUUGGAUAGAGCUGUGGUUAAGAGGCAAAUCUGACUUUCUGCAGCCACACCAGGGCAGUCUUUCCUAAGACAAGAGUUUAAAUCCAACAAAUACAGCUUCAUAAACCAUCAUCUCUCCACCCUUUGCUUUAGCCGGACCUCAAAUAAGCUGCUACAAAACUUGUCUUUCUAUUCCGUAUUCACUUCAUUCCACAAGUCGUGUGUAUUCGCAGCAGCUAAGCCAUCAGCAGUGUCAACAGCUACACACCUGUUGAACACUCAGAACAAGAAGAAGAAGAAGUGGACUGUCUCAUCUUGUCACAAACCGGGCUGCAGCGCCGACCAGCAGCCGUUUACACCCCCCCAUGCACUGUUGAUGAAGAAAGAUGGCAGUGAGACUGGCAGGUGCCGCCCCUUCCUCUCGGCCACCCUCCCUCCCCCCAGCGGCCGCCGCUCGGACCGGUUAAAGUGGGUCUAUUGGCAUCCAUCGCAGCAUCGGCAGCAGCUGGCAGAGAGCUGGAAGGAGCAGUAUGCAGGAAACUGACUUACCGGCCACAAAUGCCUUUAAAGAGUGCAAGUUCCACUGCACCAAUGGGAAUUGUUUGCGUCUGGGCUCGCUGAUCUGCAACCAGCUGAAUAACUGUGGGGACAACAGCGAUGAGGAGAACUGCCCCGUGGUCACCCAGCACCCUCCACCGGGCAUCUUUAACUCUGAACUGGAGUUUGUUCAGAUCGUCAUCAUCAUCGUGGUGAUGACAGUGAUGGUGGUGGUGAUCAUCUGCCUGCUCAACCACUACAAACUCUCCACCUGGUCCUUCAUAACGAGGCAGAGCCAGGCCCGAAGGCACGACCAUGCCCUGCAGCAGGAUGGGUGUCUGUGGCCUUCAGACAGCGGCUCUCGACAAGGUGCCUCAGAGGUAUUAUACGCCCCCCAGGCCCGGGAUCGCUUCACCGCUCCCUCCUUCAUGCAGCGUGACCGCUUCAGCCGCUUCCAGCCCACGUACCCGUACCUGCAGCAUCAGAUCGACCUGCCGCCCACCAUCUCGCUGUCAGACGGCGAGGAGCCCCCACCUUACCAAGGACCCUGCACCCUACAGCUCCGCGACCCCGAGCAGCAGAUGGAGCUCAACCGCGAGUCGGUGCGGGCGCCGCCCAACCGGACCAUCUACGACAGUGACUUGAUUGACAUGGGAGGAGGCGGGAGCCUGGGAGGGGUGGGGGGAGGAGGGGGAGGAAUCGGAGGAGGCGGUCCGAGGCCGCCCAGCAGUAACUCGGGCAUCAGCGCGGCCAACUCCAGCAGCCACGGGCGCAUGGAGGGCCCCCCGCCGGCGUACAGCGAAGUGAUGGGCCACUACCCCGGCUCGGCGUUCUUUCUACACCAGCACAGCAAUAACCAGAGGGUGGGGGGACCAGGGGGCCCGGGGAGCAGGACGAUCCAGCAGCAGAGCCAAUCAGAAAGCACAACAGUACCUGCCAAGGCCAAGGACGGCCAACCGGAGGACCUGGUGUGAAGAAAAGGGCAGGGGGGGCAGGUGGGGACACCCACCCCAGACUGAAAACUGUCCCGUUCACUGCUCACCUGUCGGCAGUGCUCGCUCUACCACUCUCUGUCUGUCUCUCUCUCUCUCUCUGUCUCUCUCUCCACACUCCCAUGCACAAAGAAAUAUCAACCUUAGCUACAACAAAACAAGGAAAGAGAGGAACCAAGCGUUGAUUUCAUUUCACUUUCCUGUUUCUUUCUACUGUUCGGAGUUCAAACAGCUAGCACUGCUGGGGCAGGAUGUACACACACCGCUGGAGAGGCUUUUUUCCUUCAUAUGAGAAAGAAACACACUGCUAGCACAGAUUGAAAUGAUUUCCUUUUGGCCCCCUCAGGGCUCUGUCCCCGGGAACUGAGGAGGUUUCCUUUUUUUUUUUUUUUUCGGACCGGGAUCUGUGCACAAAGCGAGAACUGAGAAUCAAGGACUAUAGAGAACGCAACAAAAACAAGAGACUCACAAACCCAAAUCUUAGUGCCAAGGUUCACGAGGAAGCAAAACAAGGGGGAAAAAUGACUAACAUUCAGAACACAAACACAAAAAAAGAAAAGUUAUCUAAAAGUUGCACUAUCUUUUUGUUGUAAAAGAGAAGAGGGAAAUGAUGCUCUACGUAUGUGAUGAUGUUUGUUUUUUUCUUUUCUUUUUUCUUUUUGUCCUUUUCAUGAAUGGACUGACUGACUGAACUUUGGCUCCAAAGUUUGUUUAAACAGUUGGGAGCAAAAAAAAAAAAAACAAAAAAAACCAACAAAAAAAAAAAACAAGUAUUAUAAGCUUAUGUCCUUCCUUUUUUGAAAUCGCAACAAAUACUCGUACCCAGCCUACGACAUCUCUGUCUGCUUACACCACAGGCACAGUGAGACUUAGUAAGAGAAUAACCUUGUACUCCGUCACCUCUGUGUACACUUCAACCGCCGGGAGGGAAUCGGCUCCGCAUCCGGCAGCUGGACGGACAAACGCUUCCCUACUUCCCAAAACGUGGAGAUGGAUUUCCCGACUUGGUGUCUAAUCCAUCCCGACAUGCUUCUUAGUACUCAUUUCUCCCGGGAAAUCCGAUUCUAACUCGACUAACUCUAACGGAACUCGAACAUAUCUCGGUGUCCGUCCUUCCAGCCGCCGCUCGCUAGCCGCUUCCCUCUCGCCGUCACCUCUGUCCUGACCUCUGAGCACCUGACACUUCCUGUUUCCUGCACCACCCCCCACCCCCCCCACCCCACCCCUUUCUCACCGCUCAUCUCGACAUGCACAGUGCGUUCUGCCAACAGCCACGCCGAACUCGAACCACGUCGCCAUGACGACGAAAACACAAAACAAAACCUGAAAAAAAAAAAACAACCCAGAAGGCUCAGCUCUCCGUCUUCACGUCUCUAAAGCCACAAAAUACGAAAAUAGAAAAAAAAUUAAAAAAACAACCACACACAUACACACACAAAGUGAAGAUUCCUGUCUGCAUCCGCCAGCACAGCAAUCAGGUUUUAACGAAAACUGUCUGUGGUCGAAGUCAAGGGCUAUGGGAGGGUCCUUUUUGUAAGAAAAACAAACCUUUUUGAAAACUAGCCUUUCUCUCUGCUCAUCGUUGCCUUCUCCUCUGCUCUUGCGCUUUCUCUGUCUCUCCAUCUUGUUUGCGUUCCACCCCCCACCCCCCCACCCCCAUUAACCUCUUUCCCAUCCCGGCUUUCUAGCGGUGUCUCCGGUAAACACUGAUCCUCAUCCCUCCUCCCAUCCGUGUGCAGAAAAAGUGUGUUCACAUGAUGCAGAGUCCGCCAAGCCCUUUAAAGUGGAGACUGGAGUGGAGCCCUUAUUUGGCAGUGUGUGCUAGUGCAGUCCUCUUUUCCCUCUGUGUGUGUGUGUGAGUGUGCGUGUGCAUGAGUGUUUGUUGGUUAGACCUUUUAACAACACAGAAAAGCACUUAAUGCCCCUGCAGGAGCAUUGUGUGUGUGUGUGUGUGUGUGUGUGUGUGUGUGCGCGUUUGCGUACGUGCGCUUCUGAGUGAUUUAUUAGCUGACCGCUUCGUCGGAGUUUUGAGAUUCAAGGACGUAUUACUUACUUGGCGCUGUCCGCAUUAACGCGUUAAUUAAGCUUUUUCGUUUUUGGAAAUCAGCGGAGUGUGUGUUUAAGACGCCACAGAUGCAUUGUGGUUACUGUCGCGGCGCAGAUGUGACCUCGCUGCGAAAGCUUACAAACCCGCCCCACGUGUUCCAUUAAAGCUGCACCAGGUCUUUUCCAGAACCUCCACCUGUCCUAGUAACGCCUCAGCUGAAGUCGUGGCCCACUUCCACACUCAUCCGAAAAGACACCGGUGGACUUAAAGGGAUAAUGUGCGUAAAACCGCUCCGAUUUUGUUUACACCGUAAACUGAUCCUGCUUUAACGCAUCAGUCGAAGGAGCCGCACGAAGCUUCCUCCGUCCUACACGGAUGUAAAGAUGGACGCCGUUGUUGGACCCGUGAUGGGCCAAAACCUUCCAUCGCUGGCUCCGUUUUAUUUUCUAAAGCCUUAAACAGAACCCAGAGGAGGUGGGUUUCCUCUCACAUCGCAUAAAUAUCAAUAUGCUGACAUGGAAAUACAGAUUUUCUUUGUCCGACGAUGACAAAAGACGUUUACUGAAACAUUAAAGCUGCAAAACAUAGAAAAGACAAUGUGAGAGCUUUGAAAAAUCAUUCAAUACCUUGUUUUUUUCAUUUCAGUUUGUUUAAAAGCCCAUACUUUAGUAAAUAUUAAAUGUAUAUGUGACCGUUUUCUUCUAUGGAUGAAAGAAAUUAAGUCUGAGUAUUGAAAUUCUAUGUAAAAAGGCUCCGUUCCAGAUAUAGCGAUACUGUCCAUCGGGUGAUACAUUGUCCUUUUAAUCGAAUUUCAGGGAAACUGCUUUACAUAUAAAGAAUGCACCACUAAAUGUGUAAAAUUUGUGUGAAGUCUACUUUUUAUACAUUUAGAACAGUAGAAUGUGCAUUUGCGUUCACAAAAGCAGCUGUAACAUCCUGUAUCGUAGCAGUAAAAAGAAAAAAAAUCAUCAAAGUCUGUUUAAAAAAAACGAUACAUCUGUCGCAAAUCCUCGAAAAAGACAAAUAUCACCAACUCUCCUGCAUCCAUUUUUUUCUUUCAUCCCUACAAGAAAAUGCAGAUUCAGUCAUAAAGCGGUGACCUGUUUACUACUCUGGUGGAGGAGUGGGCCAUAGCUGCUGGUUUGGUUGUUCUCCUCAGUUUUUUUGGACCUGAAUGAGGAUCUGGAACGUCCUGUGGUUCUGAAUUAGUGAAGGCGUUCGUUCUGUUGGUACCGGGUUGGGGGGGCUUGUCCUGUCCACGGCCCAGACAGAGCUCACAUCUGCCUGUACACUCUGCUCACACCACUGUAUUUCCGGGUUGGGGUGGGGGUGGGGGUGGGGGUGGGGGGUCAGUUAGCAUCAGUGUGUGUGAACGUGUGCACAUGUCCCGGUUGUGUUUCCACUCAGCGUGUCCAUCUGACUCUACAGUUCGCUCUGUGUGUGUGUGUGUGUGUGUUUUGUUUCUACAUCGCUGCUGCUAUUGCUGUCGCUGCUGCUACUGCUACUGCUACUAUUGUUGCUACUGCUGGUUCUCAUGUCCCACCCCCCACCCCCCCUCCCCGUCCCCGUCCGUCUGUCCAUCCCGUCCCUUCGACUCACCCCCAGACUAGAAGGCGAAGAAAUCCGAACCCUCUGCAGUCAAAGGCGCCGGGUCUGUCUAUCACCGAGGGCGCGUUUCGUCUCAUUUACGAAGUAGUUUGCGACAUUUUCAUUUCGUUACGAAUAUCGGCGUUGGAGUCCAGUCCCGACACCGGUGACCUUUGACCGCAGAAACCCCGCUUCAACCCACUCCUCUUCCCUCUCCCUCCUCCUCCUUUCUGUUGUUUUCUUGGCUCGUUCUGUCCGCGCAGUCAUAGCUUGUAAAUGGAGGAUAUAAAGAUGAAUUUUAUGUUUUCUACAAGGAGGUUUGCAUGUUACUAUUAUGUGAGUAAAUAAGGUGCCUAAUGUUCAUGUUUGAGCAGACCACACAUCAGUCAAACUGUUGCUUGGGAUCCCUGCAGAGGCUCGAUCUCAGAGCGACGCCCGCCCGACACAAUGGAACAGCAACACGGGAGCUUUACUUUAUCCUUUUGUAAAGCGCUACUCAGACGGCGCGGGCUUUUGGGUCCGGCGGAGUCAGACUUUCUUCAUUCCGCUCUUGAGAACGCCGAGCUCCCGUUUGAUUACAGCUUGAAUCCCGUCCCGCGGCGAGGUGGACAAAACCACGUUCGAUUCAGAGUCCACAGACUAUAAAUUUAGUUACCGCAGCAGCCAGACGCUGGCUCGCCUCUUCAGACCUCGGAGGGUUUUUAGCCCCCUUUUUUUUUUUUUGUUCCGAGUCCCAUUGUGUCGGACGGAAACAGUCGCUCCAAGUGAAGCAACUGAAGCCAUUUCAACCAGUAAUUUGACCCGCGUGUGGAGCAGACAUAGGAACCCACUUGCACUCAAAAAGCUCCCACCUUCGUUGUGCCUCACUUCCAACGGUGCUUUUUUCAGUAGUCUGUCUUUCUUUAUGUUUGUUUGUAAGGUGCUGUAUAUAACUUGAAUAUAUUAUGCACAUAUCCUACCCAAUGGGUAGAAACCACAAAAAAAGUUGUGAAUAAUGUAAUAUAAUGUAUAGACAAUAUAAGAAUUUUAAGAAGGCAGCAUCAAAUUUGUAAAUGCCUACAGUUAAAAACGUGCUUUGUCUUUUUUUUAUGAGAAAACAUGGUUUGCAAAGUAUGCUUAGAAUAUGGUUGCAACACAAAUUACUACUUAUAAUAUUUUGCUAUGAAUAAUAGUCUGUUAUGAGAAGAUGAUGAGAUAACCUCUGGAUUAAGGAAGUUGUUGAGAAAAGAUAUUCACUCGUUUAUCGGAUUCCUCUUUAAGAACAAGCUUUCACAGUGCUUGCCAUCGUUUGGGAACCGGUUGGCGGUUUGAUUUCAGCCACAAUCGACUAACAGGUGUAUAGUUCUAAAAAAAAAAAAAAAACAAAACAAAAAAAAACCCAUCCUGUAAAUCGCACGCAUCGGCCGGUGUUUCCGCCACGACCCCCGUCUCGACUCGCUUUCGUGAAAACCGUCGAACAAAGAGCGAAAGACGCCGUCUCAGUCGCGUGAACCCGCGGCCCACGAGAGCACUUCCUUAAAACGGACGGGCGCGUCUGUCCUCAUUCAUCUAAAGGAGAUUUUCAGAGUUUUAUUUCAGCGGUAGUUUUGUAUAUCUGCCAAAGUACGAAACCGUUCAGCACACGCAGCAUUGUUCAACUGUAGACCCGACUCUGGUUUAAAGCAUUUCAGCUCCAGGACGAUCGGCAGCUUCUGAUCACACGAUUGUCGAACUCAGAAAAAAAAAUUAUAUAAAAACAAACAAAAAAAAAAAAACCGUAAAGAAAAACCUGGUCAUUCCCUUAUUGUUAUUAUUAUUAUUUUAUAACCUUCGAUUCUUUUUGGUCAUGAUUGGAAAGUUGCACCAGCGUGAAGCGAGUGAGGAUGGAAAAAAAAACACCGUCAAAACUGUCACUGAACUUUUUCUUUUUCUAUUAUACCUUUUUUUCUUUUUCUUUUUCUUUUUUUUUUUUUUUUUUACAUUACAAUGUUAUAUGUGGCACAGUAUAUUGACACAAAAGUCAUGUUUAAUCUGCAGUCAUUUAUUUACAGUAUGUACUGAAAAUAACUCCACUGUACAAUAACCGCAGAGCAUGUUCAUUCUUAUCUAUAGACGAUGUACAUAGCAAUGCGCCAUUUCUCUUCAAAGCACCAAAUAAGUGGCAGUUGUGUAGUUUUAAUUUGGAAAAAGUCUCUAUUGUAUCUUUGGCUGGGAGGGGGGGGGCGCUCGGCUCUCCUUCUUCUUAAUAGACUUUUUUUUUUUUUUUUUUUCGUUUCCUGCACUAGCUUGAAGAACUAACUUGGGCUCAGACUGAUUUUUUCUUUUGAUUUCUCCCCGCAUCGCGCUCCCUCUUUCUACAGAAGUCUGUACUCAACUGCUGACAACAAGUAGCUGUUUUUAUCGUUCCAGAUUUUAAUAAUAAUAAUGAUGAUAAUAACAAUGAUAACGUCUCAACAGUUUGGUAUUCUCUCGUCUUGACAGUUACCAUAGGACUGCUUCCAUCAUGGGUUUUGUAACAUCAGUUUGCUUUAUUUACAAAACGAAUCCUUCUCGUUCCCCCUCCCCCCCUCUGCGCUCAAAUCCAGAUACAUAUAUGACUGUACACAAGAACCCGUACGGUGCAUAUACGUAUCCACACGCAGAGGUAAAAUUGUUGUGUAUUUUUGCCUCUUUUUAUUUAAGCAAUUGUGAUGUAAUAGGUUUUAGGCCUAAGGUCUGUUAUUGCAAUACUUUUACAGAAAAGAAGAAAAAAAUCAAAAAAUGUUGCUCUAAGUGCUGUUGUAGUCAAAGAUUUUAUGCUUGUACUUAUGCUGUAGUCAAACUGCAGCGUAAUGAAUAAAACUUUAAAAGUGA